ACAGCUUUUGUUAUUGUGUUCAUCUCCGAGAAAUCUCCAAGCUCAAACCCAGUGAGUCCGAGCGCUCAGCGGCCGUGCACGCGCUCUCCGUGACGUCACCGCUGCGAGGAGGGCGCGCGAGCACGAGUAGAAGGAGGAGGAAGGUACCGAGGAGGAGAGGCUCGUGCCCGCGAGCAUCGAUGACAUCAACGAGCUGAAGAUCCUGCGAGGCUUCUGGGAAUGGAGAUCCGUGUUUCUGCUGAGAGCGGAGUAUGAGGCUCGAGUCUCGAUGCGCGGCACCUUCCCGCAGGAAUACCGGAUCAGACCGCUGAGGAUUAUGAAAACCAGGACAUGAAGCUCAAACACAUCUAGAAAAAAGAGAAGCGAGUGCGUGUCUGGACGAGGGAGAAGCGUCGAGGGUCAUGGCUGUGCGGGUCGACAGAGGUCCACUCCUCCUCUUCUUCUUCUUCUUCUUCUUCGUCUGCCAGAACUCCUGCGACGCCUUGACGGCUCCUCAGUUCGUCAAGGUCCCGAUGGAUCAGAUCGGCGUGUCCGGUGGAGUCGUGUCCUUCGUGUGUCAGGCCACAGGAGACCCCAAACCUCAGGUGUUCUGGAACAAGAAGGGCAAGAAAGUCAAUUCACAGAGAAUAGAGACCAUCGAGUUUGACGAGGGGGCGGGGGCAGUGCUUCGCAUCCAGCCACUCAGAGCGCCUCGUGACGAGAACGCCUACGAGUGCGUCGCCAAAAACACUGAAGGAGAAAUCACUAAGACCUCCACACUGUCCAUCAUCAGAGAGGACCUGCUGCCCACCGGCUUCCCCAACAUCGACAUGGGUCCUCAGCUGAAGGUGGUGGAGAGAACCAGAACCGCCACCAUGCUGUGCGCCGCCAGCGGGAUCCCCGACCCCGAGAUCUCCUGGUUCAAGGACUUCCUCCCCGUGGAGCCGGCACUCAGCCAAGGCCGAAUCAAGCAGCUGCGAUCAGGAGCGCUGCAGAUCGAGCGCAGUGAGGAGACGGAUCAGGGGAAGUACGAGUGCGUAGCUUCUAACGCUCAGGGCGUUCGCUACUCGUCCCCUGCUAACUUAUACGUGAGAGAGCUGCGAGAAGUCCGCCGAGUUCCCCCCCGCUUCACCAUCCUUCCCAGCAGCCACGAGAUCAUGCCGGGCGGCAGCGUGAACAUCACCUGCGUGGCGGUCGGCUCGCCCAUGCCGUAUGUGAAGUGGAUGCUGAACUCCGAGGACCUGACGCCGGAGGACGAGAUGCCCGUGGGCCGGAAUGUUCUGGAGCUGAACGGCGUGCGCGAGUCGGCCAACUACACCUGCGUCGCCAUGAGCAGCCUGGGCAUCAUCGAGGCCGUGGCGCAAGUCAUCGUCAAGUCUUUACCCAGAGCUCCUGGCACCCCUAUCGUCACGGAGACGACCCCCACCAGCGUCACCAUCACCUGGGACUCUGGCAACCCAGACCCCGUCUCCUAUUACAUCAUCCAGUACCGUGCCAAGUCCCCGGACAGCAAGUUCGAGACGGUGGACUCCAUCACCACGACCCGCUACAGCAUCGGCGGCCUGUAUCCCAACACGGAGUACGAGAUCCGCGUGUCCGCCGUCAACACCAUCGGCCAGGGUCCGCCCAGCCACCGGGUGGAGGCCCGAACCGGAGAGCAAGCGCCCGCCAGCCCGCCCAGGAACAUCCAGGCGCGCAUCAUAUCCCAGAACGCCGUGAUGGUGCGCUGGGACGAGCCGGAGGAGCCCAACGGGUUGAUCAAGGGCUACCGGGUGUAUUACACCAUGGACCCCUCGCAGCCAAUGAGCAACUGGCAGAUCCACAACGUUCAGGACAGCACGAUCACGACCAUCCACAGCCUCGUGCCGUCCGAGACCUACACCAUCCGCGUGCUGGCCUUCACGUCCGUGGGAGACGGGCCCUUCUCCGACCCCGUUCACGUCAAAGUGCGGCCUGGAGUUCCUGGGCAGCCGGGGAAGUUCACGGUGGGGAAAGUGACCGACACCAGCGUGGAGUUGACCUGGGAUCCUGCGUACUCCAAAGAGCCUGUGAAAGCCUACGAGCUCAUCUACAAAUCUCCAGGUCUCGGCGUUCAGGAGAAGAGGAACUUUGAGCCCAGAACGGCGUAUGUGGUGGAGGGUCUGCGCGCAAACACCGAAUACACCUUCUCUCUGGCCGCCGUUUCCAACAAAGGCAUCGGAGCGUUCACCAACGAGAUCAGCCAGCGCACGGCGCAAGCAAAGCCCACAGCUCCCCCGGCUCAGGUCCGUUGCUCCUCCAUCAGCUCCUCCUCUCUGUCGGUGAGCUGGGCUCCGGCGCCGGAGCAGAACUCGCCGCUGCUCGGGUACGAGGUGUGCUAUCAGCUCAGCGGCGGCGGAGACUCAGUGCAGACGCUGCGUCUGGAGCCGACAGCGGGACAGGCGCUCCUGAAAGGCCUGCGGCGCUGGAGCUCGUACCUCCUCACGGUGGCAGCACUGACGGAGCAGGGCCUCGGACCCCAGAGCCAAGCCGUAGAGUGCAGAACCGAUGAGGACGUCCCCGGAGCUCCGCCCCGUCAGGUGGAUGUCCAGCCAAUAAACAGCACCUGUGUUAAAGUGUCGUGGCGCUCUGUGUUGCCGGGGCAACGGAACGGGCAGAUCCGCGGUUACCAGGUUCAUUACGCGCGUGUGGAGAACGGGGAGUCACACGGCCUGCCGCGCAUCAGAGACAUGAUGCUGGACGACGCCCAGAGGGACAUGGAUGAGACGGCACAAUAUGAGCUGAUCAUUGAAGAUCUGCAGCCGGAGACGCUUUACUCCAUCAGUGUGGCGGCUUACACCAUCAGAGGAGACGGAGCUCAGAGCCUCGCUCAACUGGUGCAGACACCCGUCACAUUGCCUGCUCGCCCCGUUCUGUCGGUGCAUCUGGUUAACGAGACGUCGGCGUCAGUGAUCUGGACGACCCAACCGUCCUCCAGCCCUCUGCAGGAGAUCCGGGGCUUCCGACUGACCUACGGCCUCAAAAACCACUCGCACUCGUUCUCUGUCGACGUCAGGCCCGAGGAGCGCCAGCGCGGCGUGAGCGACCUGCGUCCUGGAGGCGUGUACUGGUUCCUCCUGGCCGCUAGAGGGCGCUCUGGCUACGGCGAGCCGGCGGAGGAGGAGCUGUCGGUGCCGGAGUUUCCUCCCAGAGGUUUCCCGCAGCUGUUGGAGCGAGCGAACGCCACAUGCUGCUCGCUGCAGUUCUCCUGGAUUCCUCCGGGCGGCGCUUAUACGGGAUACACGCUCACGUACCAGGAAGCGGAAAGUGCCGUUGAACCGCGGACGCUAACGGUGCCGGCGGACGCGUGUAGCUACACCAUUCACGGGCUGAACCCGGACCAGGCGUAUGCUGUGAGAAUAUCGGCUCAUAACGGCGCCGGGUCAGGUCCGUUUAGCCCACAGGUGCGGUUCCGAACCACAGCCUUCGACACAGACGUGCCGAGGAACUUCUCUGUGAAUCUGGCGACGAAGACGAGUGUGUUGCUGACGUGGGAGUUCCCGGAGAACAGCGCCCCCUAUCGCUUCACAGUGGAGUAUAACCGGCAGAAGAUGGAGGUGGACGCUCGUCUGAGGAAAGCGGUGAUUCCCAACCUUCAGCCGGACACCAGUUACGACUUCAAGAUCACCAGUCCCGAGGGGAACAUGGGAGGACUGAGACACCGCAUCCACGCCAAGACCUCGCCACCCAUCCUGAUCCGCCGGCCCGAGCUGGACCACACGCGAGAAGCCGAGGCCACGGUCACCAUCAUCCUGCCCUCGCUGGACACCCGGAGCCACGUCAGGAACAUCUAUGUGGUGGUGGUUCCUCUGAAGAGAGCCCGCGGAGUGAUCCGUCAUCUGAAGAGCCCAGACGAGAUGGACCUGGAGGAGCUGUUAAAGGACAUCAGCCAGAAGCAGCGGGACCCGCGGCAGCGUCAGGUGGACCUGCGGAGAGCCUACAUCACGGCCCGCUUCACGCCCGCCACCCUGCCCGGCUUCUUCACGCUGGGGAACCAGCAGGACUACGGCGGCUUCGAGAACCGGGCCUUAGAGUCCGGCCAGGAGUACGUGUUCUUCAUCCUGGCCGAGCUCAACUCCACCACUGGGAAGAUGUUUGUGGCCAGCCCUUACACCGACCCCGUGAUCGCGCCGGACUCGGACCCGCAGCCGCUGGACGCGAGCGACGGGCUGAUCUGGGUUCUGGGACCCGUCCUGGCCGUCGUCUUCAUCGUCUGCAUCGUCAUCGCCAUCCUGCUCUACAAGAAUAAACCCGACAGCAAACGCAAGGACUCUGAGCCGGGAACCAAAUGUUUGCUGAACAAUGCUGAGAUGAUGGCUCACCAUCCCACCGACCCCGUGGAGAUGAGACGCAUCAACUUCCAGACACCAGGUAUGAUGAGUCACCCCCCCAUCCCCAUCUCUGAUCUGCCCGAACACACGGAGCGCCUGAAGGCCAACGACAACCUGCAUCUGUCUCAGGAGUACGAGUCGAUUGAUCCUGGUCAGCAGUUCACAUGGGAACACUCCAACCUGGAGGUGAACAAGCCGAAGAACCGAUACGCUAACGUGAUCGCGUACGACCACACGCGUGUGAUCCUCGCGCCGGCAGACGGCAUUAUGGGUAGUGACUACAUCAAUGCGAACUACAUCGACGGCUACCGGAAGCAGAACGCGUACAUCGCCACGCAGGGGCCGCUGCCCGAGACCUUCGGGGACUUCUGGAGGAUGGUGUGGGAGCAGAGAGCCGCGUCCAUCGUCAUGAUGACCAAACUCGAGGAGAAGUCACGGAUCAAGUGUGACCAGUACUGGCCCAGCCGCGGCACGGACUCGUACGGGGCGGUUCAGGUCUCUCUGCUGGACACCAUGGAGCUGGCCACGUUCUGCGUGCGAACCUUUUCACUACAUAAGAACGGGUGUAACGAGAGGAGAGAGGUCCGACAGUUCCAGUUUACGGCUUGGCCCGACCACGGCGUUCCCGAAUAUCCCACUCCAUUCCUUGCCUUCCUCCGCAGGGUGAAAGCCUGCAACCCUCCCGACGCCGGCCCCGUCAUCGUCCACUGCAGUGCCGGCGUGGGCCGCACCGGCUGCUUCAUCGUGAUCGACGCCAUGCUGGAGCGGCUCCGCCACGAGCGUGUGGUGGACGUGUACGGUCACGUGACCCUGAUGCGCUCGCAGCGGAACUACAUGGUGCAGACGGAGGACCAGUACGGCUUCAUCCACGAGGCGCUGCUGGAGGCGGUGGCCUGCGGGAACACUGAGGUGGCGGCCCGAAGCCUGUGCUCGUACAUACAGACGCUCGCGCAGGUGGAGCCCGGAGAACACGUCAGCGGGAUGGAGCUCGAGUUCAAGCGUCUGGCCAACACUAAAGCACACACCUCCAGGUUCGUCAGUGCUAAUCUGCCCUGCAACAAGUUCAAGAACCGGCUGGUGAACAUCAUGCCGUACGAAACCACACGCGUGUGUCUGCAGCCAAUCAGAGGCCUGGAAGGGUCCGACUACAUCAACGCCAGCUUCAUCGACGGAUACAGGCAGCAGAAGGCGUACAUCGCCACGCAGGGGCCGCUGGCGGAGACGACGGAGGACUUCUGGAGGACCCUGUGGGAACACAACUCCACCAUCGUGGUCAUGCUGACCAAACUGCGUGAGAUGGGCCGGGAGAAGUGUCAUCAGUACUGGCCGGCGGAGCGUUCGGCUCGCUAUCAGUACUUCGUGGUGGAUCCCAUGGCAGAAUACAACAUGCCACAGUACAUCCUGAGAGAGUUCAAAGUCACCGACGCCAGGGACGGACAGUCCAGAACCGUUAGACAGUUCCAGUUCACCGAUUGGCCAGAACAAGGUGUUCCAAAGUCAGGGGAGGGUUUCAUUGAUUUCAUUGGACAGGUGCAUAAAACCAAGGAGCAGUUUGGUCAGGAUGGACCAAUCACAGUCCACUGCAGUGCGGGCGUCGGGCGCACAGGUGUGUUCAUCACUCUCAGUAUCGUGCUGGAGCGCAUGCGUUACGAGGGCGCCGUCGACAUCUUCCAGACCGUCAAAAUGCUGCGCACGCAACGGCCGGCGAUGGUGCAGACUGAGGACGAGUAUCAGUUCUGCUAUCAGGCCGGCCUCGAGUACCUUGGAAGUUUCGAUCACUAUGCAACAUAAGAGAAGAAGAACACCUUCCCCACACCAGAGACGCAAACUAUUACCUCAGUGUUCACUUAUCGAUAUUAAUGUUGUGGUCGGCUUUCUAGAAAUAUUAAACCGUGGAUGAAGAGGAAAAUUUUACAUAUUACAUGUACAAAAAAAAUCUAUUUAAAGCAAAACAACAAGAAACUAUGAAAUCAAAGCCUGGAUUAUUGCUGCACCCUUCAGUGGGAGUUUCUUCGAACUGUCUUUGCCAACGUCAGACGUGAGUUCGUUCGUUCGUUCGUUCGUUCGUGUGAAUGACGGGAUCGUCGCCACCGGGACGAUUAAGCGGGAGUUUGAUUAAACGAGAUCUCCCACCGUCUGUGCCUAACGGAGCGAGGCGGACACACACACACUCCUGUGAAUACUGUGUUUGUGUCUCUACAAGACUUUCUGCUGCUUACGCGUGUUUGAGAGGCGAGCGAGUUUCUCGUGUCUGUAUCAUGUUCUUUUGCUCUUUCCGCUGUCGCGUUCAUCCCAGAACGUAUCACACACACACACACACACACACGAGACCCAGUGUUUCCAGCAGUCAAACGCUAGAAGCAUCCGAUCAAAUCCAGGACACACUCGCCAAACUCUUCCCGUCAUGUUUAGUUUAGCGAAGGCGCGGUGUUUAGGAGUAGCGCGGGAAACCAGCCGGUUCGAGACGUCAAGUGAGCCUUAUUAUCGUUGUUGUCAAAUAUUUAAUCGACCUGAUUUUUUUAUUUCAUUUUGUUGUUGAUAUGCUUGAAUUUCUAAGGAUCUAUUUAUUUACAUGAUUUUUAUGGCACUAUGAUUUGUGAGCUGUGGUGUAGUUGGCUAAUGUGACUGUACAUGCCUCAGAUGUUAACCCUCUCAGAUAUUUUAUAUAUUUCCUGAGCACUGAUCGUUCUAGAGAAGCCGACGGUCCUCAGCCAAUCGCUGGAGCUCUGAGACGUCACAUGGUUCUCAUCGGCAUUAUCGGUCGGACGAGGCGAGAUCAAGCACACGCGGGGUUAAAGAGCACCAGGAACUGCACUAAACCAGCAGGGUCGGACCACGUGACACCAUUGUGAGAUCGAAGGCGUGGUCACGUUUCGCUCCGAAUACAUGCCAAGAUUUCACUAACAAUUUACAAUUAGACUAAUCGUGGAAAUCUGCUGAAAAAAUCUUCUAUUUUUGUCCUGUUGUCCAGUUUAACAAAUAUUGUUACAUCAGGAUAUAAGAAAAUGACUGAAGAUGUUUCAAAUGAAAAAUCAAAAAUGCAAUGAAGUGAGUUUGUGUUUAAAACUACAACAAAAAUCCAAUGGAGGCAGAAAAAUAAGAAAACAACGUCAUUUUUGACAGAUAUUUGUUCUCCUUUUAAACUCAAACUCACUUCAUUUUGAUUUAAUCUUCAGUCAUUGUUCUUCUUCUCCAGUAAAUGUCUCUUGAUUUAAGAAUGUUUAGAUGUGUGUGUGCUGGAAAACGAGACAGAAACACUGAGGAGGAACUUCUCUCUAAACUAUGACAACGUAUAAUUUCCUAAGAAAAGUUCAUUAAAGUGCUGAACUGGUUCUCCAUCGUGUCAGCUCGUUAUAGACUGACGCUCGUGUGAAUCGGUCAAAGUGAACGUGGUCAUCAAUGUGAAUCUAAUAUCAAAUAUUGGCAGACAUGAGCGUAUCAGUGAUGGUGUCCGUUUCAGCAUCUGCUCUUCUUCAGCAGUUAAAGCACAUUCACCACUGAUGUUUCCAAUCAAAUAUUCUCUCGAAUUAAAGACAAAAGCACAGGAAUAAUCCCACAAUCCUCUGGCAAAGCAACGCUUGAUCGGACGAGGGAAUGAGGGCCGAGAGCUGACGACUGCGUAGUGCUUCACUUUUCUCUGCUUACUGAUUCAGAUCAUAUGUGUAGAUAAUAUGUCGACUUUGUAUUAAAACAGAAUGACUGGAUAUACUGAC